AUGCCGUGCCCAACCCCUCCACCUUCCUCUAGCGGGCUCUCGCCGCCGCAUCCUGGUCGCCCGACGGACCUGAGCCGCGGCCGCCCCACCCCGCCACCACCUUCCUCCGGUGAAGCCGACCAGGCCACUACCCCACAGCACCACCAUGCCGCCCCGUGCCUCCUCGUCCCGCUCGGACACAACGCUACCCCCACGGCUCCUUCCUCCACCGCUGCUGCGCCCACUCGCCGCCGUGGAGCCACCAACAGUCCCGAAUCCAUCCACAACAGGCACUCAAAAAAUCAGCGACUAUGCCUUGCCUGCGCGGAUCCGGAGUCAGGCUUGCCGGCGCACGGGAAUGGGCUGAGCCCCCAGCCCCCCACCCCCGCAAUUGAGCUCCUCCGCCAUUUUCUUGCUCCACCUCCCUCUUUCCCCCGGCAGGCCUGGUCGCGGUGCGGUCUUCCUCCCCCGGAGGGAACUGCUCGCGCCACGCCGCUCCCCAUCAAUUCCCCUGCUCGACCUCGCAGUUCACAUCCUCCCUCUACCUCGCGUCGUGUCGACCAAAAGUGCAUCACUCUGGCGUGCGUGGAAGGGCUCCGGUCACAUCCAACAACUGCCCCUAGACGACGAAGUCCACCACCUCCAGCAUCACGCGGUGGCUCCCUCCUCUCCACCAUUCUUGAUCAUCUGCUUCGGCGUUUAUACGAGCAAGAUGUGCUACUCGCGUUCCGCUCGAUGUUGGUGGUGCUUUUCUCAAAUUUUAGGCGAGGAUGUGCCUUCGUCAUCGAGGACGUGCAGUCCUAGAGUAAAAGGAUGAAGUACAGUUUGGCGUGCGUGCAGUACGCCGGACAUGAGGGCUCGUCUCCUCUCCAGCAACCGUCCAGCAAUGGGGAUGGACGCGCAGGUGGUGGUGCACGGUGAGCUCGAGGUUGCCUAUAGCCUCCCUCUGACCAUGCGUGUGUGAUGCAGUGUGGUAACGAGAAGACGAGCACCACCUCCCCGCCACUGUGGUUCGCGGUUCUUGCAGCUCGGGUCGGGCGGUCUGCAGCAUGUGCGUGCAGUGUGGCGUGUGGGUGUGUGCAGUGCUCAACAAUGGUCGUGGAGCACCAAAAGACGAGCACCACCUCCCCGCCACUAUGUGAUGGCCAAAGUCAAAGGAACCCCCAUGCCGUGUGGCACUAGCUGUUCUUCUUCCACGGGUCAAACAUGAGAAGCAAAAGGCAGGGUGAACGCCACUCCGCCGCAUGCAGUGCACUUUAUCUCAAGAGUGGUUGUAGUUGAGAGAGCGUGUGCGUGCAGAGGAGGACAUGUGCUUGCAGUUGGGAGCGUAUGUGCGUGCAGUGCACCCGUUUUGGUUCACUUAUUCAUUUUUUGAUGUGGUUCACUUUGUGUGUAGAAGCUCGUUACCCCUUUGUAUGAAAUGCAAUUUAU